UUUUCAGACACAUUAGGACGAAACACUACUAGGACGACUCUACGAACCCGCGCUUUUCAAAACAACAACUUGGAAAGAUUACUACAGACAUGGAUUCUGCAAGGAGAAAGAAACGCCGUUCUCUGGCUUCAGAUGAUACCGUCACUCCCAGGACUCUGAUCCAGGGGUUCCUCCAGACGGCACAGACAGUUCGUCAAUCCCCCAGAAAGAGGGCCCGGGUGACCCCUAGCUCCUCUCGUACCCCUAGAGCUGACCCCUCACCGGCGGCCCAGCGCAGGAAAUCCAGAACCCCACGCACCCUCCCCAGAUCUGCCCCAUCAAACAGACUCAGAUCCAACAGGCUGGAGACCUUAGCAACUCCUGGUGGUAGCAACCCAACACCAAGGGGGCUCAUCACUGGAUUCCUAAAAGCAGCUGACGUCCAGACACCUGCAGUGCAUGUCGGCACCAGGAGAUCUUCACCUCUUAAACAACCCACACCUGCCACCCGCAGGAGUGUCCUGCAAGCCAGGGCUGAAAGCACAAACUCAUCCUCCAUAGAAUCGCCCAUCGACCAUGCUCUAUCGCGCUUCGCCAGACCUCCGCCCAGGAACAGGAGACAGCGGGCCAUUGACAGGGAGGAGUUUGCUUCGAGAGUGAGAGAUAGGAUGGGCCAAGAGGAGGAGAGUGAGGUAACAACAGAGGAAGAGGAGAUGGAAAGCUCCAGGGAUACCUUUGCAAAUAAUCCACAACCGGAUAGCAUCACAGAAGAAGUGCAUAAUGUUUCUCUUCCAAGGCCAGACUCAACGACUAGAAACACCAGUAUGGCUCAAGCCCCAGGUAGCGAAAGGUCAAAUCGAAGUUCAAGAAGUCGAAGGUCACUCCUGGACAACUCAUCGUUUCAAGUUCCAUCCACAAGUACAGGAGCGGUUGUUCCAGCCCAGGACAGCUCAAUGACAGAGAGGAGAGCAUCCCAUCGCAGUGCUUCCUCUCUUGAAGACGACUCUGCCUUGGCCCAGGCCACUCAGGAGACCAUCAGGAGACUCUCCUCAAACACCGACACUGAAGAUGAAGAAAGACAAGAAUCAAGGACAGAGGAAGAGGAUGAAGAGGGAGUAGAGAGAACGCCACAAGGUCGUGAAGCGGUUGCUACAAUGGAUGAGGAUGAAGUGGUCCAGGACGAGGAGGAGGAAGAGGAUAUGGAUCUUGAUGAAGAUGAUUUUGACGAGGACAAUUUCAUCGCACCUACCCAACCAACACAACUAGGGAGCAUUAGGAAAAGUUCCAGAGCUGAUAUGGCAUCUCCUCUCAACACACCACACCUGAGGGGUGCAGGCAGACACCCCACCCCCAGGGCCAAGACACCCGCCCCAUUCAGAGAGGCUGCACACAAGAAAGACCACUUGCCCCUCCAUCUUCGAAACCUCCCCAAGAAGCCCCCUGCAGGUGCAGGACGCUCAAGUGGACCCAAGGAGCCCACCCUCCCUAAGAGUCUGACCAGGGGUAUCUUCACUCACUUCUCCAAGGCCAGAGUGCCUCGUAAUGCCUUGGCUGCGCUGGAUGAAGUUUCGAGUAAGUACUUCAAGAACGUAUCCAAAGACUUGAUGGCGUACUGCAAGCAUGCAGGUAGAACCACCAUAGAGCAGGCUGAUGUUGAGCUUCUCAUGAAAAGGCAACGCCUAGUCUCGGACAAGGUACCUCUCCAGAGCCUGAUUGAGAAGUACCUUCCGAUGGAAUACAGGGAGGAACUCAUCCCAAUGGCGAGGUCUGGAAACAAAGUCUAUCCAAGGAUGCCAAAGAAAUGAGCUUCAUGCAACUUAAGAAGAAGAAAUGUGCAAGCCUCUGCUUGUCAAAGGACAAUGUCCAUGCAAAAGAUGGCUUGAGAAUUUUGCGAAUCACUCAUUGAAGGGAAUUUAACAAGCAAAAAUAUUUCCAGCAUGUCACAUGUCGAAUCACUCAAGUAAGCCCCGUCAUAUGUCACAAUGGCAUCUAUACACUAUAACAGUCGUCACAGGGUCAUGCUGAGCAGUAUGAGACCACAUUGAUCGUAUUGGGGUACUUCAAUAUUAUACCGCAUCCAUUUUUUUCCUAGAGUAAAAUAAACAAUGAAUAAUCAUUCUUAGACUAUCACCAUUCCAGAGUCCAUAUUAUCAAAAAAUUCUUUGCUUUUCCAAGGAUAUCACUGCAUUGAGAGGCACAGUCUGAAAAUUAUGAUUUCCAUAGAGCAAACUCAACAUAGAAUUGUUAGAUGUUAAAUUUGGCACCAGUUCCAACCAUACAAUUGUUUCUUGAAUGUGGCCGCUUUGUUCACCCUCAAAUAAAAAGAGUUUUUGAUACCUAUGCCAUAUCCUUUAAACUACAGAGAUUUGCAGUACUCUUGCUUUCAAAGCAUUAGAAUAGCAAGUUGGUUGGUGUUGAUCCUCUCGAAUUUAAUUUGAUUAUGUUCAGUUGCAAGAGCCCAAUUUCCAAGUACCUUGCUCUCCCAUCAGACCUAAUGGAGCUUUCCACUUUCUCAAUCAGCGAAGGAUGUAAUCUUUUUUUAAAUGUUUUGUUCUUUAGGUCAAGUUGUUUCAAUAGACUUCUUUCAGGUUCAUUCAAAAAAUUUGCAGAAAAACUCAUUUACAGACUUUGCAAAACCGCUGCUAAUGUAGAAUGUGCGUAAAAAUCCUCUUUCUCAGUUGGAGUGUUUGUCAAUUGUCACCCCAGUGAUGAUAUUGGCACAUCCUUUGUUUAUAUUUAAGCACGUAGUAUAAUUUAUCACUGUUUGUUACAUUCAGAGUAAACUCACCAUACAUACCACAUUCUGACAGACUGUAAUAUUUAAACACACAGGAAUUUUCAAUAUUCACAGAGAGAUUAGUUAGUUAGCUCUUUAUUUUAUUUUACAUCACAAAAUACAUCAAGCCACUUGCUUUAGUUUUUUAUAUUAUCAUUCAUUUUUUUCUAAAUAACCAUCAAGUUUUCUAAACUGUAGGAAGAUUGGUAUCCUUUGUGUAGCAUGCCUUUCCAAAGGUUUUGAAAACGAAAUACAUAGUCUAAGCAUUUAAAGUUAAUUGUAUAUCAGGAGUUGUCUUUAUUUAAGAUA